AUGCAAUCGUAUCUGCAAUACCACAGGUUUCGGCGGACAUUGGAGACACAAAUCGAGACCGAUCGCAACCGUACACGUGCAGUCGACCGCGUAAAUCAGAACCUUCCUCCCUCCGAUACGUCAAGAGCUAGCGACCCCGAAAAAGAUGUCGAAAGAGGAGAAUCAGUCGCAUCCAGCGGCGAGAAUACAGCCGUGGAUGAAGCCACCAUCGGGGCGACCGCUGAAAACUCAAAUCACGGACACGGCACAGAAGAGCACGAAGAAGAAUUCGACAUAGGUGCUGAACACGACGCCGAAGAUCCUGGCGAGAGAAGAGAUGAACUCCCGCCCAACAGCCAUGAUAUGGAGGCCCGCCGAAGACAAGGCGAUGCAGACCUUUCACGCCUACCCACUACGAAGAGUGGUCGCUCAGGCCUCAGCAGAUCUGGUACCGCUCUGGGACAUAUCUUGACAGGUGUGCAGGUGCGAAAAAGGGAAGAACACGAAGGUGGAGAGGGCAAUGUUUUCAUCGUUGACUUCCAAGGAGAUAGAGAUUCCUUGAACCCGCACAAUUGGGGAUGGGGCAUCCGGCUUUGGAUUACAUUCAUGGUUGCGAGUAUCGGUUUCGUGGUUGGUGUGGCUUCUUCGAUUGAUUCGAUUGCUAUUCAACCUGCCAGCCAGGAGUUUGGCAUUUCAGAAGUUGCAGAGAGUCUGGCUACUGGUCUAUAUCUCAUCGGUUUCGGAGCAGGUGCACUCUUCGCUGGCCCUUUCUCAGAGACGUUGGGCAGAAAUCCCAUCUACAUCGUCACCAUGGCUAUAUACAUCGCUUUCCUUGCCGGAGCUGGAGCCUCGCAAACCUAUUCGCAGCAAUUUGCGACCCGCUUUUUCGCUGGCUUCUUCGGAAGCACUCCUCUUACUUGUGCGGGUGGUUCGCUCUCAGACAUCUGGAAUGCUAGCGAGAGGACGUUGAUGUUUCCUAUCUUCGCGAACGCCGCCUUCUUGGGUCCUAUCAUUGGGCCUGUAAUUGGCGGAUACAUCGUUGAAAGCUCUCUGAUCUCUUGGAGAUGGACAGAAUGGAUCACGAUAAUCAUGUCUGGACUUGUUUUGAUAUUGGUGUUCUUCACACUCCCCGAAACAUUUCCACCUAUCCUUCUGAAGUGGAAGGCUGCACAUCUACGUGCUAUCACCAACGACGAGCGAUACAGAGCAGAAGUCGAAGUGCGAAUGGAUCCUUUCCUCACUCGUCUUGGUCGUGCUUGCUACCGGCCUUUCCUGCUCACAGCUACCGAGCCUAUCAUCAUUUUGGUCGCACUGUACCUCACCGUGGUGUACAUCAUCUUGUUUACCUUCCUGGACGGCUACGACUUCAUUUUCGGCGAGAUACACAAUGUUAGCAUCGGUGUCCAGGGCCUAUGCUUCCUCGGCAUCGCACUCGGCCUCUUCCUUGCCUCACCCCUCGUCUUCCUCAUCCGCAACCUUGCAGCAAAAGGCAUGGUAAAAGCAAAAGCCAACGGCAAAGAUAAACUACCACCAGAGUUCCGCCUGUGGUACGCCAUGAUCGGCGCUCCGACCAUCCCAAUCGCCAUGUUCUGGAUGGGUUGGACAUCCUCGCCAGAGAUCAGUAUCUGGUCUCCACUUGGCGCCUCUGUGCUUUUCGGCUUCGGCAUCCUCUGCAUUUUCAUCAGCAGCUAUCAGUACAUCAUUGAUGCGUAUGAGAUUUAUGCUGCUUCGGCUUUGGCAUCUAUCACGCUAAUUAGAUAUGUGGCUGCUGGAGCCAUGACGGUGGUGGGAGUGCCGUUCUAUCAGAACCUGGGUGUGCAUUAUACGUGUACGAUUUUGGCAUGCAUCAGUGCUGCUAUGGUGCCCAUUCCGUACCUGUUUUACUUCUAUGGGCACAAGAUCAGAGCUAGGAGUAAGUAUGCUCCUGCCGAUUAG